ACAACAACUGUCAGUGAGACUACUACAUCAGUAACAACAACUGUCAGUGAGACUACUACAUCAGCAACAACAACAACUGCCAGUACUACUGCUCCAAGUGUUGUUAGUGUAACGUCAUUUUCAAGCAAUUGUAAUCAAGAUAUUACUAAAACAAUUACAUAUUUAGAAAAAGAUCGUGGUACUUUAUCAAUUGAUCAUUUACAUAAGAUUACUAAAUGUACAUUAGAGAACGAAGCUAAAGGUGAAUUCAUUACAAGAUUUGAUCAAUUCAACGCACAAAUUAAACGUGUUGAACAAAAAAUUGAAGAUGCUGAUAAAAGAGUUAAUAAAAAAGUUGAUCAACUUCCUCAAAAAAUUGAUAAUAAUUAUGAAACAAAUGCAACAUAA